AUGGAGAACAAGGAGCUUUUGGAAGACUCGAAGUUGGGGUUUGACUUUUUCUUUACAAAGUUCCCUCAUGUCUCGUGGCUACAAGUGCUGUGGUUUUUCUUGGUGAACUAUUGCUGGGUCGUCGGAGGAUUGGUGCAAGUUGGCUCGAUUAUUCUUCAGGCUACACCAGAAUUUCGGUGCAAAAGUGCACUGGAUGAAAGAUACCGUACAAAUUAUGCCGAAGGUCUUGUCUUCUCACCGGAAGAUUCAUGCUCUCAAUACGUCAAUAUCGAAUCUCUCUGCUCUCAGAAUAUGACUCUUGAAAACUGCAUCAAUGAGAUAGAAGGCAAAACUGCUUCAUUAGAGAUCGAGGCAUGCUCUACUGGUUACAUUUUCGACCAGUCUGUUUUCACAAGAACUGUAACGACCGAUUACGAGCUUGUAUGCGAAAACGCAUACAUCGAAUCGACCAUUUCUUCAAUUUUCUUUUCUGGUUUAUUCUUCGGUGUCUUCAUUUUCGGCCCAAUCUGUGACAAGAUCGGAAGAACGAAGGCAUCCGUGAUCGCUUCUUGCUGCUUGAUUGUCGUUCAGAUUCCUUUGAUUUUUCUGCCGAAAAGUGCUGGAGUUUGGAGUUAUGCGGUGAUCAGAAUGAUUUCUGGCUUCUUUUCGAUUUCCGCUGGAACUGGGACUUUCGUUUAUACGAUGGAAAUUAUCGGUCCCAAAUGGCGAACCUGGUUCGGUUGUGUGACUCAAGGAAUCUUUGCUGUUGGCUACGCUCUUCUUUCCCUGGUUGGAUAUCUCAUCAAAGAUUGGCAAGACCAAAUGAUCGUUCUUGCCCUCGCUCCAGUUUUUGUCAUCCCGAUAUUUGUCUAUCUUCCGUAUUCGACGGCAUGGAUUUUCUCGCAAAAACGGUACGACGAUGCAAAAGAAAAUGUGAAACUCAUCGGGCAAAAAUACGAGAUCGAGACGGAAGACAAGUUUCUAGAGCAGCUCGAAGGCUCGGUGAAAGCUCAACAGAAAAGCGACGCUGGAGGCAAAACAUACACGCAAAUUGAUCUUCUCAAGCCAAAGAAAAUGAGAAUCAUCACUUUGGUCGAAAUGUAUCAGUGGUUUGCUACGACGCUUGUUUUCUACGGCCUUGCGCUUGGCGCUGGAAAUUUAGGUUCUUCUUUGUUCAUUUCAAAUUUCAUUAAUGCGAUGAUCGAUAUCGUUUGCUACAUUUUACUGCCUUUCUUUAUGGACUUGAAAUUCAUAGGAAGAAAAUGGGGAACCGUCUGGACAAUGCUCCUCGGCUCAGCUGGCUGUUUCCUAACAGCUGUCUUCGACUACCUUCAAAAUGAAUAUCCAGACAAUGGCACUUACGGGACGCUCAAAGCGACAUGCGCCUUUGCAGGAAAAUUUGGCGUUGCGGGGACUUUUGGAAUAGUUUAUGUCCACGCGUCGGAAAUGUUCCCAACUCCAGUUCGAGGAAUUGGCGUUGGUCUCUCAUCCGCUGGCGGGAGAAUCGGAGGCAUGGUUGCGCCGCUAAUCAAUGGUCUCGGCAAUACGACCAGUUGGCUUCCGUUUGUCGUUUUUGGAGCUUUAGGGCUUUUGCAAGUUCUGACAGCAUUUUUAUUGCCGGAAACACUUGGCGUGCCGAUGCUUACGACGAUUGAGGGGGCAGAAGAAUUUUACAACAAUCCUGAGAAAUUUAAGAAAGAUGCAGAAGAAGAGAACAAUUGA